AAAUCAAUAUAUUUUCCUUUCAUUUGUUGUUACGGACAAAACUGCAAUUCUCAAAAGUAAAAAGCUGAAUACGACAACACAACAAUAGGACUCAGAAUAUGUCAAGGCAAAAUGAAGCACAAGGCCACCAACAUUAAGUUAGUUAAACAUAUCUGGAGAACUAUUCUGAUUUAUCACUUUUAAGGCAGAAAUGGGAGAAUCACAAGCUCAAUUAAUCUACAACAUUAUUAUAUUAUUUCAAUCAAUAUUUUGAUUAGUAAAUACAGAACAUAUAGGGAUAGCAGUUACUAUGCUGUACUGACAAUAUGUUUAUUACUGUUCGAUUUGGAGAUCACCAAACAGCCAUAUUCAACCCUAACUGUAGAACAUACAACCUGCUCUCACAUAUAAAGGAGAAAUGUGAAUGUAACACUGCAGUUGACAUUGAACUGUGUGAUCCUCAGGGCAACGUGAAAUUUCUUCGAGACAUUCCAGACAAAAGUGCCAGUGAUGUUCUGCCAAAGAGAGAGAACUUUAUCUUGUUGCAAGUUGAAAAGACGGAGGCUGGACUGGUCAAAUACAAACCACUUAUUCAGGACAAAGAUGUGCUCACUGAUGAAUUCUUGAAAAGACUAUCAAAGAAGGGUCGCCAGAACAGACCUGCAAGUCGGGGGAAACGUCAAAGUUCUGCCAAACGAAGUCCAUCAAAAGAGAGCAAAAAGGAACUGAAGGUUGAGUUGGCAACCAGGCAGAGUAGAAGAGAAAGUCCCAACAGAACAGGAAAUACAAAGAAAACCCCAAGAGGGAAAAAAUCAUAAUCAAAACCAGAAAAGACUUUAAGAAAAGCUUUGCCAAAAUAUUUGGACAUACUACUCCUUUAAGUUAAGAUUUGCAAAAUCAUUAUAAUUUACCAGAUAGCAUAGACAAUCAAACAAGAGCUGAAUCAAAACAAUUAAAAGCAAAUGAAACAUAUUUAAAGUAGUAUAAAACUAUAUACUACAAGUUAUAAUAAAAUAUCAGAAUUAAGAAUUAAUUAAGAUACAAGGUCCCAAGUACUGCACUACCCAUUAAUUCUAGAGAGACUUGUGUGAUGUUUGAACAACUAUGUAUAAAAGCAUGUUCAUAUGUGUAAUUUUUACAGAAAUGUAGUUUAAAUGACAGCUUUCCUUUCGCCUCAUUUUAGUUUAUGUGAUUAUUUUACAUUUUUGUUCAAUGUACAUAUAUACGCUUAUAUGCAAGAGUACUUAUUUCUGGUUUAUUAAUACAGCUAAAAAAGACAAUCAUUUCAAACUGAUUUCUGCUGGUGAUGAAAAUUUUAUAAAAAUACUCUUUCAACCACCAUACUGUACCUAUAGUACAUGUACAGGGUGACCCCA